UUCCAGUUUCUCUCUUUGGAUUCCUUUCUGAAGAAUGGAGAACGGGCACUGAAUGGUUGCGGCAAUGUCUCUCUCUCUAACUGCUCCUCUUCUUUGUCCCUCUCCACCUUUCCCAGCCCCUACCAGAGGAGAAUGUUGGCCGAGAACUCCUCCUCCGUGACGGAGUUCCUCCUCGCAGGCCUGACAGCCCAGCCGGGACUCCGGGCCCCCCUCUUCUGCCUGUUCCUGGGGUUCUACGUGGUCACCAUGGUGGGGAACCUGGGCCUGAUAACCCUGAUCGGGCUGAGCGCCCCCCUGCACACCCCCAUGUACUUCUUCCUCUUCAACCUCUCCUUCAUAGAUUCCUGCUACUGCACCACCGUCACCCCCAAGAUGCUGAUGGGCUUUGUCUCAGGGAGGAACGCCAUCUCCCAUGCCGGCUGUAUGACCCAGCUCUUCUUCUUCUGCUUCUUUGUGGUCUCGGAGUCCUUCGUCCUGUCGGCCAUGGCGUACGACCGCUACGUCGCCAUCUGCAGCCCUCUGCUGUACUCGGCCGCCAUGUCUCCCCGGGUGUGCCUGCUCCUCCUGGCGGGCGUCUACGGGAUGGGGUGUGCAGGGGCCGUGGCCCAUGUGGCAUGCAUGCUGAGAGUGAGCUUCUGUGGGCCCAGCCUCGUGAACCACUACAUGUGUGACAUCCUCCCCCUCCUGGAGAUCUCCUGCUCCAGCACCCACGUGAACGAGCUGGUGGUCUUUGUCGUGGUGGGCCUCGACAUUGGCGUGCCCACCGUCACCAUCUUCAUCUCCUACGCCCUCAUCCUCUCCGCCAUCCUCCGCAUGCGCUGCGCCGAGGGCAGGGCCAAGGCGUUCAGCACCUGUAGCUCCCACCUCGCUGCGGUGGCUCUGUUCUUUGGGUCGGGGGCGUUCGUGUAUCUCAGACCCUCUUCUCUGUUACCGAUGGACCAGGGGACGGUGUCCUCCCUGUUCCACACCAUCGUGGUGCCCAUGCUCAACCCAGUCAUCUACAGCCUGAGGAACAGGGACAUCAAAGCUGCUCUGAGGAAAACUUUAGGUAGAAAAAUAUUUUCUUAA